AAUGUGGGCAGUACUACGCGACACGGCAGUCGGUUUGCUUGCCGAAAUACACUCACUGCAGAAUGAGGCCAAAAUGUCAAUUAUAAUAGCAAUCGUCUUCAUGGGCUUGCUCGAGUUAGGACGAUCGCAGUACCUAACGACCACUGUACAUAAGACAUCAGCUGCAACGGAGAAGAUUAAUGAUCUCUGGUGCUACUCGUGCAAUGCCACCGACGAUGGGGAGGCUUGUAUCGAGCUGUCGUCCGGAAACAAUGCAUCCUACGUUAAAAAGUGUAACCCGGAGGAAUUUAUCUGCAUGGUUAAACAAUUUUCCUACACGACCAGCACAGAAAACUCGACCUCCACGCCAAAGCUGUGGUCGCUCGAGCGGCGUUGCAUCAGCAGCUGCGAAGCGGGUUGCAUAAUUAUAGGCGAGCGGACGAAACUGUACGCCUGCACCAGCUGCUGUGAAAAGUCGCUCUGCAACACCGGCAAAGCGCACUCGACCAACCCGAUGGCACACUUUCGGCGCACCUCAACGGCACUGGCACUAGGCAUGCUGAUGUUCCUUAGCGUAGCGAAACCCACGCUACCAGUGAUGCUCUAGUUUUGCGUGCUUUGUAGAACGAUGUACUUAAGGUAUUUUAGAAU